GGCGCGCGCGGCCUGACCGAGAGGCGCCUCCGCCCCGCCGUGCCAGGGGCUCCGCUCGCCCGGGGCUCCCCGCCCGCCGCCGUUCCGCGCUCGGGGCCGCCCGCCCGCCGCCAUGAAGCUCGUCAGGUUUCUAAUGAAGCUGAGCCAUGAGACUGUGACCAUUGAGCUGAAGAAUGGGACGCAGGUGCAUGGAACGAUCACAGGAGUGGAUGUGAGUAUGAACACGCACCUGAAAGCAGUGAAAAUGACUCUGAAGAACAGAGAGCCCGUACAGCUGGAGACCCUGAGUAUUCGAGGGAACAACAUCCGCUACUUCAUUCUGCCUGACAGCUUGCCUCUGGAUACUUUGCUAGUGGACGUUGAACCAAAAGUCAAAUCCAAGAAAAGAGAAGCAGUUGCUGGAAGAGGCCGUGGAAGAGGCCGUGGCAGAGGCCGAGGUCGUGGAAGAGGAAGAGGAGGCCCAAGACGAUAACUUCUCAUCAUAUUCUGGGCAAUUUCUGGGCAAUUACCAUAUUCUAGGCAAUUUCAGGUUUAUUUUGUACAGGUCUUGUUUAUGGUAUCCAUUUUUAAUAAACGGAAAUGUGAAAAGGUGUCUUUCCUUUGUUAGCAAAGCCUGGGGAGGGAGGCAGGUGUGUCCUGUUUCUAGGGCUGUCACAGACUACACACAUCUGGCUUGUCACUGUUUGCCCACUCCGGGGGCUGUACAUUUCCUCUUGCUUUUUGCCCCAGAACCAGAGACUUGUGUUGUGCUUUCACAGUGUUUGAAAUGAAUCCCUCUUUUCUAAGGCACUUGCCAUCCUCUAAUGCUUCCAUAGCUAAGGUGCUGUGUUAAGAACCCCUGUCCCGUGAGUGUGUCUCUAAUUGUCUCUAACUGUUUUUCAGAGCAACCUUUUCUAAAGUUCGUAGAUAUAAUUUUAAUGUUUUCUAUUACAUGAAGCUUGCAAUUUAAACAAUGUUGCUUUCUUUAUAAAACAUUUGCACAGGGAAAUUAACCAGGUCCAUGGAACUGCUGGAUUGUUACACCUGAUGAUUAAAGAAUACCUGGAUAUGAACUUUGUCAAAGCUAAUUAUAUGGCAUACUGUUGUUUGGGUGGGGCUCGUAAAGCAGCUUUAUCACAGAUAUCUUCCAGUGUACUUAAAAUACAUCCCUAGGAAAUACAAAGUACAGCACAGCACACAGUUGCAUGCUGGAAUUGGAAGCUUACUUCUGCAGGUGGGAGAACUUGUGCAGCUCACACAUAUGUGUGCAUAUAUAUAGAUAUAUGCAAAUAUAAAUAUAUAUAUUCACUGCUUUGCUGGACACAAGUAUAAAAGAAGCCACAUUGGCCACAUUUAUCUCCCAGUGCCAUCCUGCUGAUUAUUCCCGUGUAGGAAAGCAAUUGUCACAUCUCAUUGCCAGACUUAAGCAGUUUCACCUGUAUAUGAAAUACAGAUGUCAGUUCAAACAA